AUCGUCGACGUCGAGCAAAGAUCGCUGUGCAAGACGAGCUAACUCGCGCUAUCGCACGCAGCCCCAGACCGCCUGAACCGAACGAACCGAUCAGUCCAAGGAACCACAUGUCGGAUCUAUACGAAUGCCUUCUCCGCGCUCAUUCUCUCCAGCUUGUGACAAACGCCUUUAUAUCCCCUCCCUUGGCCCGGCCCUAGUUCUAUCUUCCCUUCUUACACCCACUGUCGCCCCCCACACCUAGCACCACUCUGCACUAUGUGUUACGCUGCCGGUUCCAUCGACCACGCCACGGGUGUCUGCCCCAUGUGCAAGGUGUUCAAGCCCAGGGAUGCAAGGUGCCCGCAUAAGCAGGAUAUCUGCCAUAAUGUCGCGCUCCAUCCGAAAGGCGACAUCGUAUAUCUCAAGAAUGCCGAAGUUCAAACGUUCAACGGGUGCGGAUACUGCAAGUUCGCUCGCAUGGACCCGCCACCCAAGCUGUCCGGUUAUCAAAACCCGGGCUGGCCAGGCUGCUGUCGUCCUCCUAACACCACCUCAGAAGUUCGAUUGAUCCCUCCCGCUGAUUGGCCUGCCGUUUCUGUCGUCCACCAUAUCGCCGUCCCACCCGAGAUCAAGACCGUUCUUGACAACAUCAACCAGCCGCCCUCGUUGAGGCACAGCCCCUCUUCUACCCACGCAUCCCUCUCCACAAAAACCCCAGCCCUACCACCCAUGGAUCGUAAAUCGAGUGCUGGCAUCGUGCCCACCCGCGCCACAGUGACACCAUCGAAGACGACUCAGCCGUUGUCCAUACCUAUCAAGUCCCGAUCAGGCGGCAGUCCGAAGGAAUCCAAUGUUUCUCUUUCAACCUCGACACGUACAUCUUCCGCCAAGGACGGCUCUCCGACCCAGGUUACCGUUGAAAUGACCCACGCUAGAAGGCAGUCCAGCCUCGACCAUGCCGAGAAGCGUGGUGGCGAUUCCCCGGGUACACCGUCUCCGUUACGUCGACAUGUUGAGCUAGAUACCACUCCUCCCCAUCGCGGCUCAGAUCGCAGACCCUCGGUGUCAAAAGCGACUUCUACUCGUUCUUCGCUCGAUAGUUCACCUUCAUUACGUCGUAGGGCAUCGACGAACGACGCUGCCUCUUCCAACCGCACUAACAGCCCACCUGCCGCCGUCGCCACUGUUACCGUUACCCGCACCACCGAACGUAGAGAUACUAUCAGCGGUACGCGCCCGCAACCUAAACGAUCCAGUAUUGAUAUCAAGAAGGAUUUUGCGGCUUUGAGUGUGUCUGGGGGAUCGACCGGUGGCGGAAGCGGGAGCAGUGGGAAGAGCGACUCGAUGUCCGAGAGCGGACACAGUAGCAGCGAAGGCACCGUCACCUCCGAUGGUGGCUUCACUGACUAUCUCUCCGACGAGUCGGAGGCGGAGAUCCAACGUCAGGCAGAAGUGAAGGCGGCGUUGGUCGCCCAGAAUAAGAUGGAGGAGCAGGAGUUCAAGCUCGCGAGGCAGCAGCUCGCGGGCGUCGAUCUGAGGCCCCCCAAGACUUGGAACGUCAGCGCCGCUAGUGCUGCUACACCCAGGUCGCAGGCAGCGCCGACGCACUCGCAGUUUGCGACGAUGCCCAUGAACGCAUUCAAUACUCCGACUAGAGGACAGGUGGAUGCGGUUGGGUAUGGCCGUGCACGCUGAUGGAGUCGUGGGAUAGGGGCUUUAGGGGAAUCACAAACAACUCGCUCCAUCAACGGAGAUCUCAUCCGCACACGCUUUCUUCGCUUUCUUCAAUUGUUCGGUAGUCAAUGCUUCGGUCUUCGUAUCCCAAUAUCCGGGAUACUACGUUCUCUCCCCUGUGCUCCAUAUAAACUUUGUAAAGUAGCCGAUGUACACCCCCUGUUGUUGUACGCUCGUACUUACACACAUCAUGCUUGAUAUCCUCCACAAUAUGCAUUCUCACUCCUUUUCUGCUCACCUGCCUCUGAAACUAACAAUCCUUUUCCUGUCGCC